AUGGGUCAAGUCAAGACAUUAGAAGACCUCCCGUCUUACAACCAGCUUCCAAACAAACAGAGAUUUUGGGAGUGGGGGCCACCUGGUUCUCACGAAGAAGGUCUGGGUAAACAAAACCUGUUGACACCUGAACAUGUGGCUAAAAGUGCCAAAUCCGAAAUCAAAACUGGAGAUAGAAUUGGACUGGGAUGGGAAAUGCAUAAACUCGAGUAUCCUGCGUUUGGCAGAAAGCACUUCGACUUGAAGAUUGAUGCUCGUUCUGAAUUCUCACUUGACGACAUUUAUGAGUUCAAUCCACAACAAUCGUCUCAAUGGGACGGAUUCAGGCACUAUCAGCAGCCAGUUGCAUUCUCUGGCGCUGAUGAAGACAAGCAAAAGGGGAAAGUCGAUGGACUAUGGUUUGGAGGUGCCAGUAGAUCUGAGAUUACUGAAAAAGGGUCAACUCGGAUUGGUGUACACCAUUGGGCCCAGCAGGGUAUUGUUGGCCGAGGAGUCCUUAUUGACUAUGCUACUUAUGCUGAAGAAAAAGGGAUUAAGUAUUCAUGCUUCGAGCCCAAUAUCAUCACCCAUGCGGACUUGCAAGGAGCUAUUAAACGAUUCAAUGUGGACAUUCAACCAGCAGAUAUCGUUUUCAUCCGUAUUGGCCUUCCUAGAGAAUGGGAUAAGUACUCGGAUGAAGAGAAGAAAGCCAUUCAGGAGCGACCUCCUGAGUUCAUGGGUCUGGAGCCCAGCCAGGACAACCUGAGCUGGAUCUGGGACAAUCACUUCCCUGCCGUGGCCUCAGAUGCCAUUGCACUCGAAGUACUUCCCAAAGGUGGCUAUCCCAACGGUCUACCCAUGCACCAACACCUCCUAGCGGGCUGGGGAGUCACCAUUGGUGAAAUUUUUAACCUCGAACCGCUCGCGGAGCUCUGCAAGAAACUCAACCGCUACUCCUUCUUCGUGGCCUCGGUCCCACUCAACGCUGUCGGUGCGGUAUCUACACCUCCUAAUGCAGUAGCUAUCUUUUAA